GCUAGUCCCUUUUAUAGGUAGUGAUAUAAAAUUCAUUUUCUUUACUUUUCAAUUCCAAUCAGCAACCUAACAUUAUUCUCUCUCUUUGGACCUAAAGCAAAGUUAGACUUUGAUACACAUUAUUCAUAUUCUCUCCCCAAGCCAAAGUUUCAUUCGGUCAUUCUCUCCUCUUAUAGGCUCUUGUCUUGCUAUCUUCUCUAAAAUGGCUUCAAACACCGCAGAAACAGCCCGUGUGUUCUUCCCUGCGUUUCCUAUGUUCCGAGUUUACAAAGACGGACGCAUCGAGAGACUCCGUCCAACAGAAACCGUACCUCCUUCCAAUGACCCUCAGACUGGUGUUCAAUCCAAGGACACCUCAUCAGAAUCAUGUCUACCGGCUCGCCUUUUUCUCCCCAAAAUCACAGAUCCUACAGCAAAAAUCCCUCUCGUCAUCUACAUCCAUGGUGGCGCGUUUUGCAUUGAGUCUCCUUUCUCUCCUACUUACCAUAACUAUCUCACUUCCCUAGCCAACAGAGCAAAUGUAAUGGUGGUUUCCGUCCAGUACAGAAAAGCCCCAGAACACCUUCUCCCUGUUGCAUAUGAUGAUGCAUGGGCAACAGUAAAGUGGGUAGCUUCACAUGUUAACAGGGAUGGUCCUGAGCCCUGGCUGAAUGAUCACGCUGAUUUUGAGAGAGUGUUCUUGGCCGGUGAUAGUGCCGGGGCUAAUAUUGCACAUAAUAUGAUGAUGAAGACCGGAAUCGAUGGUCUGAUUGGCGUCAAAAUCGUUGGUCUGCUUUUGAUGAAUCCGUUUUUCAUGAACAAUGAACCUGACGAGCUGAUAGAGUUCAUUUUUCCUUCAAGCAGCCUUUGCGAUGACCCUAGGAUGAACCCAGCUAGCGCCAUCAAGGAUCUAGCCGGCCUGGCGUGCAGCAGGGUGCUGGUCUGUGCUUCAGAGAAAGAUUUCUUGAGGGACAGGGCCAUAUCUUACUACGAAGCAGUACGAAAGAGUGGGUGGGAAGGGGUGAUAGACAUUUUCGAGACUCCAGGAGAGGGUCAUGUGUUUCACUUGUCUAACCCAUCUUGUCAGAAGGCUGUGGAUUUGAUGAAUCAAGUUUCUUCGUUCCUGAACCGUUGAUGCCUCCUGAUAUCCAAUUUAGAAUAAGAUAACACCUAAAUGUCUAUUACUUGUCUAAUAAUUAAUUAGAGGCAUGAGCUGUUUUUCCUUUUUCUUGUGUAUGACUUCACCGACACAAGGAUCUAGCCGGCCUGGCGUGCAGCAGGGUGCUGGUCUGUGCUUCAGAGAAAGAUUUCUUGAGGGACAGGGCCAUAUCUUACUACGAAGCAGUACGAAAGAGUGGGUGGGAAGGGGU